AUGGGAAAGAAGCCUUUGCUCUCUAGAAGUCGUGGAGUGGCCAAACCAUUGUUAAAGGCUAGUGUUGGCUCCUCCUCAAGAGAUCAUCAACAAACAUCAUCGUAUGAAGCACCUACAUGUUUUGAUCAACAAAUGUCGGAUCGGAGAAACGUCGAGGAAAGUGGAUUACCAAAAUUAAUGGAAAUGAAGCGAGAAAAAGAAAUGCUGGAAACGAGAAGGAAAGAGUUGGAGUUGAUUGAAAAAUUCAACGACAGUCAGACGGAAAGCACUCAAAAUUUGCUUGUACAGGAAAUUAUUCAAAACCAAUCUGAAGAUGUCCAAGUGAAGUUGAAUGUGGGUGGACAAAUUUUUGUUACCUCAUUACGAACCAUUAACCAAAAUGAAAACAUGUUGAAGGUGAUGCUUAAUUCUGAUUUUAAUAUUGACAAGGACGAAAAUGGUUGCAUUGUAUUUGCGGAUAGAAAUCCUGAAUAUUUCCCUAUUAUUUUAGAGCAUAUCAGGACAGGAUCAACUACUUACAUUGGGCUUUGGGAAGAGAAAAACGAAGAGACUAUGGAACACCUGAGAAAACUCUUAGUAGAAUCUGAUUAUUUUGGAACUUCGAAAUUGAGUGCAAGAAUAGCAACAAUGAUCAGAGACAUUGAACAGUCGAUCUCUGAGAGUAAUGAAAGAAAGUUGCAAAGAUUAAAAAUUGAAAAGAGAUUGAAAGAAGCAGAAACUCAACCCGAAAAAACUUGGAAUUUAACCAUGGCCAACGACCAACAAAAUGCAGACUAUAAGUGGCUAACGACUUUCACAAAUAUAACAUCUAAGCACAGAGAGGUGUUUGAAAAGCAAUUACUGAAAUCUGAACUCAAUUUACUAACUCAGAAAGAAAGAAUCAGAGAGCAAGAACUCAAUGUUAAGACAACCACAAUUACUUUUAAUGCUAGAGGCACAAGACUCUCUAUUGGAAAGGAAAAGAUAUUAAUGCACCCUGAUAGUGUUUUUUACUCUCUUGUCAAUCAAACAAACAAUCAAGAGAUAUUUGUUGACAGAGAUCCUACAGCCUUUUCUUAUCUACUGGAAUACCUUCAAAAUGGACACGAAAUUUCUCUUCCAAAAGAAUAUUCAAAACGAAAAGUCAUUUAUAAGGAAGCUAAAGAGUUUAAAUUACAAGGUCUGAUUGAUUUAUUGGACCCAUUAAGAUACCCUAUCGAAGAUAUUGGGGAAAGCAACAUGAAAAUCAAGAAGGAAGAAGAUUUCUUGCGAAAUUUAUUCGCAGUUGACCGAAAUAACCCAAUUUUGGACGACCCAUAUUUACACCUUGUUAAUGUAUUUGAUGCAAAGCAUCGAGUUAGAGAAGAGUUCCAGCAUAGUACACCUCCCGAAAAAGUUCCAUUGUUGUUUGAUUUCGAAAAUACCUCUGAGGCUGAGAAAUUAUUGAAUCCAAAGUCUGGAUUAGUAAAGCCUCAUGUACCCAAAGUUUGUGAGACAAGACAGGCGUUCUUCACACAAUUCAACGCGUUUACUUGUGGGCUGUUCAAAAAUAUGGACUGGAGUAAUGUAUUUGCUGCAGGUGGAGGAAUAUUGGCAUGUCUACUUCAGGCCCCACACGAAAAAGAGGACAUUUCUAAAGAAAUCCAAGCAUGUAACGAUGAGAAGAAGAGCUCAUCAACUGUUGACAAGAGUUAUUGGGAAGACGACGACGAUUCAGAACCGGAAGUACAUUCAAGUGAUAGCGACUAUUUCACUUCUUCCUCUGACGAAGAAUAUCGCAAGAGCUUGCCUAAACCGAAGAAAAUUUCACAAAGAAAUCAAAAUCUUUCUGCAGAUCAACGAUUAUUUCAGUAUUAUUCAAACUCAAAAAUGUGGCAAAACAGUGACGUGGAUUUAUUCUUGUAUGGACUUACGGAGCAUCAGGCUGAAGCUAAGAUCGUUUAUUUAUACCAACUUUUUAAGAAAAAUUUGGAGCAAGCAGCUCCAUUUCUUGAUGGCUACUAUAUAGGCAAGUUGAGCCAUCUAUUUUCUUACACCAUUCGACCCAUUCAAAUCAUUCUUAGGUUGUACAAAAGCCCAACUGAAAUAUUGUGUGGAUUUGAUAUACCAUGUUGUUGUGUGGGCUUUGAUGGAAAUCAAGUAUAUUGUUUACCUCGUGCAGUAGUCAGCUUGGCAACAAGAACUAACAUUGUGGACCCCGAUCGCCAAUCUACCACCUAUGAAAUGAGACUUGUUAAAUAUGCUCACAGAGGGUUCAGGAUUGGUGUUGCAGGAUACGAUCCUAACAAAGUGAGACAUCCAAUUCUUAAGGAUGCUAGCUAUUUGAGAGAUGUCUAUUACUAUUACCAUCAGUCAAGUGGAGAUGAUGAAGUGGCUAACCUUAAAAAAGUUACUGGUCUUGCUCGAAUUUUACUGAUACUUCAUGGUUAUAUCAAUUGUCAUCAAAAAAAUCAUGCGUUGUGGGCCGUUGGUGGUAGAAGCACCCUCGAAAAAACAGAGCAAUUGUUGCAGCCAUCAAAGCUUCAUGAUUAUGCUGAACUGAAUUAUUCUUCCUGCAGAUGGCGAAAUGCUUACAAUUUGUACAAACAAAUUUCAAGAAGAUUGAGGUGGGUGAAGCAUGUCCUCCACAAAAAACCUUUCUUUGAUUAUUCUCUGAAUGAUAUUAACAAAAUUUUGCAUGCUUCAAAACAAAGAAGUACACUCCCUCGCAAGAUCAAGUGGAUCACUGUGGAGCCAGGUCGCCAAUUCGUUGGUAGCUUUCAUCCUGAGACACGGAACUUCUUCAAAGACGCCUAUUUGGAUCCUAAAGGAGAUCAGAAACGAAAAUACAAAUAUCAAUGGAGAAAAAGAUAUGGAUAUGACACGGAUUUUGAUGCUAAAACUAGCAAGGCACUGGAAAAGCAAUAUCGACAGUAUUUAAAAUCUGGAAGUGAUGAACACAGACUGUUUUCAGUCUCUCCUGACGUUAUCAUUGAUUUUCAAACAAGAUGUAUUUGUGACAAGCGUGGUGCUUAUGUUGCAGCAGUGAAAAGAGAAAAAAUCAAAAGUACUGUUAAACAUGUGAAGAGACUUCCCAAGAUCUUGUUCGAAAGUCAUAAUGACCUCUUGAACAGUGAAGAUGACAACGAUUGGGAAACCGUCGAAGAUAGUAGUGACUCAGAGGACUUGUAA